UCCGCUCGUUCUUCCUCCCCUGUUCCUUCCUUUUUCUUCUCAUUCCCCCACCCAUGCCUUCUUCCCGCCGGAAAAUACCUUCCCUGCUUCCGAAGCCGACGAUCCCUCUUUGGUGAACCAACGAGUCAUGGUGGUCGCCAGCUCGGGCGCGUCGUCCCACUUCUCUUCGCUGUCUCCGCAUUCCUCGCAAAGAGAAGCAUAGGCUGCGGCGGUUGCAGAGGCGGAUGAAGCCCUUCGAUCACGCCGGCGCCCUGGGCCUGCUCGUCCUCACCGUCGCCCUCCUCUUCCUCGUGCACUACGACUACCAAGGCCUCGUCCGCGUGGCGUGGCAGCGCCUGCCGGCUGGCGGCGGACGGGGGAGUUGGGUUCCGGGAGCGGCGGAGACGGAUGGCGUGGUUUGCGAUUGGUUCGAGGGCCAGUGGGUAUGGGACGAACGGUAUCCGUUGUACGAGUCGGACGGCUGUCCCUUCUUGGACGACGGUUUCCGCUGCUCCGAGAACGGGAGGCCUGACCGGAUGUACACUAAGUGGCGGUGGCAGCCCGCCGGCUGUGAUCUCCCCAGAUUUGAUGCCAAAAAGAUGCUGGAGAAGUUGAGGAACAGAAGGCUGGUUUUUGUAGGUGAUUCAAUUGGAAGAAAUCAGUGGGAGUCUCUCCUCUGCAUGCUUUCUGCUGCUGUUUCAAACAAGAGCUCAAUCUAUGAAGUAAAUGGCAACCCGAUCACAAAACAUAUGGGAUUCCUGGUGUUUAAGUUCUGGGACUACAAUUGUACUGUGGAGUAUUACAGAUCACCAUUUCUGGUGCCCCAGGGUCACGCCCCUGCAGGUGCACCCAAAAAAGUGAAGACUACUCUUAAACUGGACUGCAUGGAUUGGACAUCGUAUAGAUGGAAGGAUGCUGAUAUCCUUGUCUUCAACACAGGGCAUUGGUGGAACCAUGAGAAGACCACUAGAGGGUAAAUUACAUAGUCAAACUAUAUUCCCCCCU